AUGAGUUACCCGAGUGGAGCUUCCACGAAACAAGAGGAACUAACAAGAACCGGUGAUGCUCCACCUUUUGUUGUUGUCACCGUUGAUUUUGCGAAGGAAAUUGGGACCGUGAGUUGGGGUAUGAUGCUUCUAAAUGACUUGCAGUAUGUAAGACUAGAAAAUAAAGGGGUGUUGUUAUGGUGGAUGAUUAUGGGUUUGCGGCGGAUGCUUAGCCUUGAUGAAUUGGCAAGAACGAAACACAUGAGAGGAGAGUGGGAUCCAACCACCGCAACAUCCAGCCGAAGGAGUAAAAAGGCUUGA